UCUAGAAGAUACUAGAUUGCAGACCCACCCAGUUCCACAGCAAUGGCGACGCGCAAACGAAACGAGUACCUUGACGUUGAGGAGAGCGAGGAUGAGGAGAGGGGCUAUGAUUCCGAAGAAGAGAGCAGAGCGCGCAUGCUGCCAGCAUCGAAGCGCCAGAAAGUAGACCAUGAUUCAGAAGCAGAGGAAGAGCAGGAGUCAGGUGGCGGCGAUGAGGACUCGAAGUCUCAAGAUAACGAUGCAGAAAAUGCACAAGACGACGAUGAGCCCAAGCAUUUCGCCUCCAAGAGUGCUGAACUAGCCCAUCUCGAAAAACUCGCUGCGUCCCUCCCCUCGGAAUUGCGACUACAGUCCACGAAACUCGGCAAAGCGCUGUCCCAGUCCCCACUCAAGAAAGACAAAUCUGGCGUAAUCUACCUGUCGCGCGUCCCACCAUUCAUGAAGCCCGCCGUUCUUCGGUCUCUCCUCCAGCCCUACGGCGAUGUCGGCCGCAUCUUCCUCACUCCUGAGUCGUCGACAUCGCGCGCGCAACGCCUGCGCAACGGCGGCACACGUCGCAAGCUGUUCCUGGACGGCUGGGUCGAAUUCAAACACAAGCGCGACGCCAAAUUCAUCGCGGAAAACCUCAAUGCGCAGACCAUGGGCGGCAAGAAACGAGGCAGGUGGCACGAUGAAGUGUGGAACAUCCAGUACCUGAGAGGCGUCAAAUGGCACAAUCUGGUCGAGGAGAUCCAGAACGAGAAUGCGGAGCGCGCGUCACGCCUCCGAUCGGAGAUCUCGCAGGACAAGAAGGAGAACAAGGCCUUCUUGGAGAAUGUGGAGCGCGGAAAGGUGGCGAGUGGCAUCGAGGCUACACGGCGGAAGAGAGGAGACCAUGUAGAUGAAGAAAAAGACGAUGCAGGCACAGUCGACACCGUGCAGGAAGCCAGCGAGAAACCCAAGAGGAGAAAGGGCAGGCUGGAGUUCUCGCAGCACACGGCUGCAAGCAAGGCGAUGAAGAAGCCGGAGCCGGGCCAGGACGUCAACAGAGUGCUGAGCAGUAUGAUGUAAACCAAGGAACAUGUAUGAUAUCCCAACAAUUAAG